GCCGUUUUCAUUGGCUGGUGGUCAUACCAACAUGGCAGACGCAACAGGAAGCACGAAGCGGAAGGGCCAGUGGAGCGCCGCGGCAUCGCAUAAGAAGCGCCAUGUCGCAUCGACGGCCAAGGGCUUCAGUGCCGUCCUCGUCACGUGCGACAAGACAAAAGAACGCCAAGUCGUGAAAGACAUCUUGAAUAUCUUGAACGAUGCGGCAGAUGUGCUCUACCCAACGCAGGACGACGAAGAUGAUGGCAGAAACGGCACUGCGGCUGCCACAGAAGACGACGACAAGCCCAAGUCGUCUGCCGAACUGCUCCAGGAGGAAAUUGAUGGACUCAAAAACGACGCUAAGAUCCGCAAGACCGGACGAUUCUCUGCAUUGGAUUCGGGAGUCAAAGGCAUCAUUUUGGUUCAGUUCCUGGAUCAAACCAUGGACGUGAAGAAGAUCAUCGGCCACAUCUUCGACCAAGUCCAGAAAACGAUGGAAUUCUCGUCUCGCUUUAUCCAACGCAUGAUUCCUCUCGAAAAGCUGUGCUACCCGAGCGUGGAGGAGAUUGCAGCGUGCGCGACCCCCUUUAUCGAACGCCAGUUUAAGGACACGACUGGCCUCCAAUUUGCCGUGGAAGUUCGCAAACGGAACUCUGGCAACAUUGUGACAAUGGACAUCAUCAACGCGUGCGUGGCUGUCGUGGGUCCCCAGCACAAAGUGAACUUGACGACGCCAGAUGUCGUGAUUUUGAUUGAGAUCUUCAAAAACGUGUGCGGUGUCAGCGUCGUCACCAACUUUCACCAGCACAAAAAGUUUAACGUUCGCAUGAUCUUGGAGCCGCAUGUUAAAGGCGACAAGAAGCAAGCCGACCAAAACGACGAAACGAAAGCGGACGAUGCGACCGAAGACGCCAACGACAACGAUAAGUAGAGUUGAUCCUGUCACUUGUCCGAAAGAAAGCAGUGGAUCUUCGUGGUGUUC